AUGAAGGAAUACUUUAAAAAUUGGAAAUUUUAUUUAAUAGAUGCAAAAUUAAAAAAAGAAAAAAUCGAAUUUUUACAAAAUUUAAUUGAAAAUGUUGGUGGUGAAAUUGUUAAUAGUGUCAACGAUGCAGAUGUAAUAUUGACGAUCUUAAAAUCUCCUGCAAGAAUAAUAAGAUAUAUUUCACCUGAAUUAAGCAAAUUAAUCUUAUCGAUUGAUUGGAUUGAGGAAUGGUUGAGAGCUCCCUAUGAUAAUUUUUUGAUUUCAUUACAAAAAAAUGAAAGAAAAGAUACACAAAGUGAUCCGGAUUCUCGUAGUAGCAUUACAAGCAAUUCAGAGGAUGGUGGCAAUAAAUCAGAUGCAGAAGUGUUGUCAGACGGUGAAGAAGAAUUAGAUUCUAGAUUUUUAAAUACAAAAUAUGCUUGCCUUCGUCCCACACCACUUGCAUCUCAAUAUAAUCAAUCCAUUAUAGAAUUCCUUUCAGUUUUAGAACGAUCAAGAGAACUUAAUGGUGAACAUGCUAGCGCAUUAGGUUAUCAUAGAGCAAUAGCGGCUUUAAAAGCUUACCCACGCGAUGUAAAAAGUUAUAAAGAGGCCAUGAAGAUUAAAGGUAUUGGUGAUAGGAUUGGAAAUCUUAUUAAAAAAUAUUUUGAAUUGGAUACAAUCCCUGAAGCAGAAAAAAUACUGGAUGAUCCUAGAUUCCUAACAUUGGAUUUAUUUACACGUGUUUUUGGCGUUGGAACUAAGAAAGCAAACGAAUGGUAUAAUAAAGGAUACGAGACAAUAGAUGAUUGUAAGAAAGAUCCAAAUUUAACAAAUGUACAAAAAAUAGGAUUGGAAGUGUUUGAUGAUUUUCAGAAAAAAAUGACACGUGAAGAUGUUGAAGAAAUUUUCGAAAUUUUGAAUAAAGAAGUCAAAAGCAUUGAUUCACAAUAUUUCUUAACAAUUGUUGGUGGUUAUCGUAGAGGUAAAGAAUUUAAUGGGGAUUUGGAUGUGAUAUUAUCGCAUCCUGAAGAAGAAUUAGAACCAUUUAUAUUAAAGAAAAUAGUGAACAGACUUGCUGAUAAAGGUCUUUUAAAACAUAAACUUUGGUAUAGUGAAUCAUCAAGUGCACGUAAUUCAAAAUAUAUAAAAGGUGGAUUGUUAAAACGACGUAAAAAUAUAAUGGAUAGGCUUGAUAAGUGUUUUAUUGCAUUUUGGCAACAGAGUGCAAAUAUACAUCGUCAAGUUGAUAUAAUUAUUGCACCCAAAAGUCAGUAUGCUACGGCUGUAUUGGGAUGGACAGGAUCUCGACAUUUUGAAAGAACUUUUAAAGAUUAUGCAAGAAAGGAAAAGGGAAUUAUUUUUGCGUCACACGGACUUUUCACUAAUACUUGGCCACGUAAACGUAUCGAUGCUUCAAGUGAAAAAGAAAUAUUUGAAUUGGUGGGUAUUCCUUGGUUGGAGCCCGAGAUGAGAAAUUGUUAG